AAGAAGAAACGAGAAAGACAGAGAAAGAAGAGGGAAAGUAAGAGAAAAGCAAAAGGAUUAGAUCGGUGGUUCACCGUCUCUCUCUCUCUCUGUCUAUUUCUUACACCUUCCGAUUUUUUCUCUUUCUCUUUCUCUCUCUCCAAUGCAAUGCCCUCACUCUUUUCUCUCUCUCUCUCACCCUUUCCAACCAAACCCAGAGCUGAAUAGCUGACACGAUUUUCCUUCUUCUUCUUCCUCUUUUCCUUCGUCAUAACCUAUUUUCCUCUCUUUCAUAUUCAAUCACGCUGAUCCAUUCCCAGAUUUACACUCCCCUUAGGGAAUCGAACCGGUGGCAUUAUUUAAAGAGAUCUCGUCAACAUGGGUAUCAAGAAAGAUAUGAAUUUGUACCUUAAUUAGGGUUUUUUUUUUUUUUUUUUUUUUUUUUUUUGGGGAUAUUGGGUUGGUGGAGUAUCUGAUACUCUAAUGUGGUUGGAGAACUAUAUAUGAGUUCUGAUCAGCCACUGCUUUCGGAACCAGAUCUUCCAAGAGUGAUUCAUCACCGCCAUCGGAAAUCAGGAUCCAGAGGCUGUAUCUGCGGCAAUGCUUCAUUCUCAUCUUCCGUCUUUGACGAUGCUCUAUCUCAGAUCAGCGACUUUGACGUGAAGGACAGAGACCGUAACGUUGUGUUGGCUAGAGACUGUAGUUUCCACUCUGCAUUUGGUAAUAGCUCCUCCUCUUUCUCAGCUGAUAGGGACUUCCACUCUUCUGAAUCGGGGCAGUUUCCUUUGGAAUGCCCCACACGCUUGGUAUCAUCAAGGGGUGCAAUGGAACAACUGCGUGAUGCAAAUAGCCGUAGUGUGCCCUUUGAAAUAUCUGCAACUGGAACUGGAACUGGAACUGGAACUUCAUCUAGAGUGCAUGACAGGUUGAAUAAAUCUCAGAGGAUUCGUCACAAAAGUGUGCAUUUUGAUGAUGUUGCUUUACAUGAAGAUAGUGCUAGGCUUAUCUAUAUCAAUGAUCCCAAGAAGACAAAUGACAAGUAUGAGUUCACUGGGAAUGAGAUCCGAACUAGUAAAUACACCAUUGUCACCUUCUUGCCCAAGAAUCUCUUUAUUCAGUUUCAUCGGGUUGCUUAUUUGUAUUUCCUUGCCAUCGCCUUUCUCAAUCAGCUUCCUCCCCUGGCUGUGUUUGGGAGAACAGUGUCUCUUUUCCCCCUCUUGUUCGUGCUUUGCGUCACCGCUAUUAAGGAUGGUUAUGAGGAUUGGCGGAGGCACAGGUCGGACCGUAAUGAAAACAACCGAGAGUCUCUGGUUCUUCAAUCCGGGGAUUUCCGAUCGAAGAAGUGGAAAAAAAUACAGGCUGGUGAGAUUGUUAAGAUCUUUGCCGAUGAGACAAUCCCAGCUGACAUGGUCUUGUUGGGGACAAGUGAUCAAAGUGGGCUUGCUUAUAUUCAGACAAUGAAUUUGGAUGGAGAAUCGAAUUUGAAGACAAGGUAUGCCAAGCAGGAAACAGCUUCAGCAGUUUCAUCAGAAACUUGUGCUGUUUUUGGGGUUAUUAGAUGCGAGCAACCUAACCGGAAUAUUUAUGAGUUCACGGCCAACAUGGAGUUCAAUGGAGUUAAGUGUUCCCUUAGCCAGUCAAACAUUGUUCUGCGUGGUUGCCAACUGAAGAACACGGAUUGGAUAAUUGGUGUUGUAGUUUAUGCGGGACAGGAAACAAAAGCAAUGAUGAACAGUGCAGCUUCUCCUUCCAAGAGAAGCAGAUUGGAAAGUUACAUGAACAGAGAAACCCUUUGGUUGUCAGUUUUUCUUUUUAUUAUGUGUUUGGUCGUGGCCCUUGGGAUGGGUCUUUGGCUGGUACGCCACAAGAACCAGCUUGAUACCUUGCCUUACUACAGAAAAAGUUACUUCAACAAUGGGCCAGAUAAUGGAAACAAAUACAAGUAUUAUGGGAUACCGAUGGAAGUGUUUUUCUCCUUUUUGAGUUCUGUUAUUGUGUUUCAGAUAAUGAUACCGAUAUCUCUUUACAUCACAAUGGAGUUGGUUCGUUUGGGUCAGUCAUACUUCAUGAUUGAAGACUUGGAUAUGUAUGAUGCUAGGUCUGGAUCAAGGUUUCAGUGUAGAUCAUUAAAUAUAAAUGAAGAUUUGGGUCAAAUACGCUAUGUAUUUUCGGACAAGACAGGAACACUAACAGAAAACAAAAUGGAAUUUCGGAGGGCUAGUGUAUAUGGGAAGAAUUAUGGGACCUCAUUGCUUAUGGCUAAUAAUAAUACAGCAGCAGCAGCAACUGUUAUUCCUAAACGGAGAUGGAAGCUCAAAUCUGAAAUCGCAGUUGAUUCUGAAUUGAUGACAGUGUUGCAGAAAGACUCAAAUAGAGAUGAAAGGAUUGCUGUUCACGAGUUUUUUCUUACGUUGGCUGCUUGUAAUACUGUGAUCCCUAUACCUAGUGAUGGUAGAUUUUCCAGUUGUGGAACAAGUGAAUCAAUUGAAGAUAUAAAACAUAUUGACUACCAGGGAGAAUCUCCUGAUGAGCAAGCUCUAGUUUCUGCUGCCUCUGCAUAUGGAUAUACUCUUUUUGAGCGAACAUCCGGACAUAUUGUUAUUGAUGUCAACGGUGAGAAACUCAGAUUGGACGUAUUGGGCCUGCAUGAGUUUGAUAGUGUGCGAAAGAGAAUGUCUGUUGUUAUUCGGUUUCCCGACAAUGUUGUAAAGGUGUUAGUCAAAGGUGCUGAUUCUUCAAUGUUUAGCAUUUUAGCAAAUGGCAGUGAGAGCAACGAUAGCAUACUACAUGCAACUCAGAGCCAUUUGAGUGAAUAUUCUUCCGAAGGUUUGCGCACUCUUGUAGUUGCCUCCAGGGAUCUUUCAGAUGCUGAACUUGAGGAGUGGCAAAGUAGGUAUGAAGAGGCAAGCACUUCAUUGACUGACAGAGCUACUAAAUUGCGUCAAACAGCAGCUCUUAUAGAAUGCAAUUUAAAGCUACUUGGAGCAACUGGAAUUGAGGACAAGCUCCAAGAUGGUGUACCAGAAGCCAUUGAGUCCCUGCGGCAAGCUGGAAUUAAGGUCUGGGUUCUUACAGGUGAUAAGCAAGAGACUGCAAUUUCUAUUGGUCUUUCCUGCAAACUUCUCAGUGCAGAUAUGCAACGGAUUAUUAUAAAUGGCACUUCAGAGACUGAAUGCAGAAAUCUUUUGGGUGAUGCUAAAGCCAAAUAUUGUGUGACAUCUUCAAGUAGAGGGCAUCAGAAUCUGAAGCACAAAAGCAAUGCUGCACAUUGUAAUCUUGAUAUUCCCAAUGGCUCAAAGUCAUUGAGUUUGCCCAAGUGGAAUCCAGGAAAGGAAGAAGAAAUUAAUGCUCCAUUGGCACUCAUAAUUGAUGGAAACAGUUUGGUUUAUAUUUUGGAGAAGGAACUGGAGUCAGAGCUUUUCGACCUUGCAACUUCCUGUAGGGUAGUGCUAUGUUGUCGUGUUGCACCCUUGCAGAAGGCAGGAAUUGUUGAUUUGAUAAAGAGCCGCACGGAUGAUAUGACACUGGCCAUAGGUGAUGGGGCCAAUGACGUGUCAAUGAUCCAAAUGGCAGAUGUUGGUGUUGGAAUAUGUGGGCAGGAAGGGCGUCAAGCAGUGAUGGCAUCAGAUUUUGCUAUGGGGCAAUUUCAGUUCUUGAAAAAAUUACUUCUGGUUCAUGGGCACUGGAAUUAUCAGCGUGUUGGUUAUUUAGUUCUGUACAACUUCUACCGUAAUGCUGUCUUUGUAUUGAUGUUAUUCUGGUAUAUAUUAUGCACGGCUUUUUCUACAACUUCGGCAUUGACGGAUUGGAGUAGUGUAUUCUAUUCUGUGUUAUACACAUCUGUACCUACUAUUAUUGUUGGUAUUCUGGACAAAGACUUGAGUCAUAGGACACUCUUGCAGUAUCCUAAAUUGUAUGGUACAGGUCACAGGCAAGAAGCAUACAAUAUGCAAUUAUUUUGGAUCACAAUGAUUGAUACAGUAUGGCAGAGCAUUGUUCUCUUUUACACACCGUUGUUCACCUAUAAGGACAGCUCAAUUGAUAUAUGGAGCAUGGGCAGUUUGUGGACAAUUGCAGUUGUUAUCCUUGUAAAUAUACACCUGGCUAUGGACAUCAACCGUUGGGUAUUAAUUACUCAUGUUGCUGUAUGGGGAUCAAUAAUCAUUACAUACGGUUGCAUGGUGGUAUUGGAUUCUAUACCUGUAUUUCCCAAUUACUGGACUAUUUAUCAUUUGGCAAGGUCCCCUACAUAUUGGAUUACAAUUUUGCUUAUAAUAAUCGUGGCAUUGCUUCCUCGCUUUACUUGCAAAGUUGUUUGUCAAAUCUUUUGGCCUUCUGAUAUCCAGAUAGCUAGAGAAGCUGAGUUGGUGAGAAAAGGACAUGAUCAUUUGCAGUCAAGGCAACAAGUUUCCAGUUAACUUGUGUUACUGAUGUUUAGUGUCACUUAUAUAAACUAAGGAAAUCUCAGUUGAAAUGGCUUCCCCUGCAUUUGUCGUCCACAACGCAUUCUUGUGGCAGUCAGUUGUACAGAUGACCAGAUGAGUUGCAGAAGCACAUUGCACUGAUGUGAACAAAUGCUUGGCAUUCUUACAUACGAUUAUAUGGCGGGGAAGCAGCACAUGGCAAGUUUAUGAUGCCAAGGAUAGUAAUUAGCUGGCCUGGCUUUUCGAAUGCCUCGAGCCUGGAAGGUAAAUAGGAGAUAGAGGUUGGAAGAGGCUCAGACUCAGGUAUCUCCAUCAUUUUGAUGUGGGUGGAAUUUUAUCAGUGGAACUGUGGCCACAUGAUAAAGAUCCAUGGGUCCAUAGAGGAGGGGUAUGGGAGAGAGUAUAGUGUAACUAAGGAGUAUAAUAGUUAUGUAAAAGUCAGGAUUGAAAACGUCCUUAAAGAAUAGAAUGUCUCAAGAAAAAGAUAAAAAUGAAAGGAAAGUAAAGUAGACGAUAAAGCCACACUUGAACGCACGCCACUCAAUUAUUCGUUUUGCUAUCUAACUAAACUACUAAAAAGCUAAAAAUCUAGGCAUGGAAUUUUUUUUGUUUAACUAGAUUCUAAAGUAAUAGAUAUUAAAAUUAAAGCACGUUCAAGCAGUAACUCGUUUAAAACAUUUUUAAAUUAAUGCAUUAUUGGGGAAUGACGUGUGCAAAGCACUAAAUUAAUCCAAUUAAAAUGAUAUUUUCUUCAUCGGAAGAUUGAAUUAUUAGUCUAAUCAUCCUUCAAAUUAGCCUCAACUGAAAAGAAAAUUUAGUUAGUCCCUGAAAAAUAAUGGACUUCAGUCAAAUUUUAUCGGAAGUUGCUUUCAUUUUCUUGAAUGCACUCUCUUGACUUUUGAAAUAUAUAUGACUUUUUUUUUUUUUUUUUUAAAUUGUAAUUAAACUGAAUCUGAAUGUAGAUGGCUUGACUUCAA